CUCACAGCCAUACAGCGGCCUCUUCUGUCAUUUCAGAAUUUGGAAGUAACAACGAUUCGGCCGUAGGGACAUUUUCCUUGAAUGGGAGUGCGAUUCAAAGUGUUCGACAGCGUACUUUACGACCUGUUACAGAAGGGAAGUGCCACACAAAAAUACAAAAUACUAAAAGAAGUUUCGUCCGAGAUUCAUUUGAUGAAGAAUUACAGCUUCCUCUUUAGUUGGAUAUUUAAAUGAACUCAAGUUCAUCUGCUACAGCUCUUCACAGGUCGGAGAAUUCGCUUUAAGAUCCAUCAGCUUUGAGACUGGCGACGCACUGCAUGCUGCGCAGUCGUUCAGCCGGUCUGAUUCUGCAGGUGCUGCUGUCUGGGGGAACGUACAGACAUACAUUUGAGGAUAUAUGAAGACAGAAAUUAGCAGCGAAUUGCAAAGAUAAGAAACAAGACAUCUCUCUACCGGCAGAAGCUCUUCUGAGACGAUCUUCACACACACCUGUACCUAAACGGGGGACCAACGCUUCAGGAUUCUCUUUCAUAGCCUAGACAGGCUAAAACAUCAAGUUCUAUGAUGCAUUCCAUGGGCUUGCAUUCGGCUCUUGCCAUCAAGCGGCAGAGGAAACGGCGGGAUGAACAGAAACGGGCCCGGGAGCGUCGCUUUAGCUCCCAGUCAACAGAAAGUGGCUUCACUAGCCCACGGAACAGCAUUGGAAGUCUGGAUAUGCACUCACGAGGACGUGGGCGUCGUUAUGGUAGCGGGGGAGAUAGGUCAACUGGAGAUGAUGUGGGUUCCAAAGUAGUCACCAGCAUAGGCAUGCUCCACAUUGGAGUCGUCUUCCUGGUUCUGGGAGCUUUCUUACUCGUUUCAGGCCUUCUGCCCGGUGACAUAGCGCAGUGGGGCUCGGAAUCUUCAGGAGGCUGGUUUAACGAAUUAGUUAUCACAGGAGGGUUUGCUCUAGCCAUUGGUAUAUUCCUUAUUAUUCUGAACAAGAUAAUAUCUAAACGGGUAGAAGAUGAUUUGAACGAAUACGUACAGCGACAGUUGACAAGAUCCAGAUCUGGACAUCGGCUGGUUAGGGACAUAGAGACUGGCUGCCUUACAACAAAACACGAUCAGCGGGCAAAAAUGGAACAACGAGAUGAAGAACUUAGGAGGCAGGAGCAGGAAACUUUUGACGAGGAGGAAACGGUACCUGUCCAUUCACCUCACAAAUCACCUGUUUAUUCCCAAGAUCAUAUUAUGAACGGAGACGUCCAACCAAUGGUUUCACCGCAUUUGGAGAAGAUAAUGGAAGAAGAAAUAUCGGAGAAAGGCGAGGAGGAAUCCAGAGCGAUGGACAGUUUCAAUAAGGAAGUAAUGUCAAAUGGAUCUACCACAGCAAGCAUGAGCCCUGGCACGCCGUCCGAAACUCAGGAAUUGCUUUCAGGAUCAGGACGGUACCUGAAAAUGUCCAAAAUAUGAGAAUACGAAAUGCAGUACGACCCCUAUCCGAGAAGAAUUUUAGUAGACGGGUCUUCGAAUAUUAUGACAUCCAGAAUCUAAACUUUAUAUCUGGAGGAAGAACAGACAGAAGUUUGAAGUAAGGCCCAAAUAAAGAAAUGUUACACGCGUUUGAUUCUCAUAAGGUCGUCUUACUGCAAUGCUGUGACAAAUAUUAUAACGUCCAAAUUUGAAAAAGAAGGUAGGCAUCCAACGAUCGAAAUAUUAGGAGGCUGUAAGAAAUACUUCAGAAUAUUUGAUUCAGAAUAUCGGGUUCUGAAGCAGAUGCACCAUGAUCUUCAUCACGUCGAAAGUAUCUGUUCCAGCUACGAAUAUCCUACCCCAACUUCUGAUGGCAUGCAUUUUUAUGCAGGCUCACGUUGAAUGGUUGUUAUAUCGAAGAUGCUUGGGGAACGUCAGAAUCCAAGCUCUUCCAUCGUACAGGAAUCACUAAUAUAUCGACUAUUUAAAUGCAUGAAUCAAUGCAAUAUUAAUGUUAACACUCAUGCUAUAGAUUACUACAACUAUCAGUAUAUACAUUAAAGUUACGCAAUGAAUACAGCAAAGAAUAUCUCCGGAACAUACUAGGCGGCCUAUUAGUAUGGUCUGUGAAUACUUGGGCUUCUAAUUCAUCGACAACAUAUUGCAGGCAAGUGUCUCUGACACUGCCUUAUACAUGUUUGAAGGAAGGAGGCUUGGUAAAGUCAUCAGUGUGAAUUUAUGUAUAUAUACACAUAUUUAUAUUUGUUAAAUCUUUUUACUGUUUAUUUCGUAUCCCUAUAUUAUGGCAGGUGUUCGUUAUGUACAAUUAAAUAUAUUAGUGUAUUUAAUUUCCUCGCGAAGUGUGAUUUUGUGCAAUUGACCUUUUGACGUAUCUACCAAUGAAUUUGUCCCCUGCACAUCCUUCAGACACUGGCUAUCAAGAGUACAUCCAUUGUGCACAUAUUAUAAUUUUUAAAAAUUGAAUUUUAAUGCAAAUGUGACACUAAAUAUUACUGUAAUCACGCUAAUAAUAAAUAAAGUAAUGUCAUAACGGGCCUGAGCAGUACAUUCAAGUCAUGAAAUCACUUCUCAAAGCCUUAUGGUUAGAUUUAUGUAAAUACAGCAGGUAUUCAACAUAUGCUUAAGUAGCCAUCUCAGUAGUUAGUUCUAUGUGAAACUCAACAAUCAUAUAACAAAUAUUUUAAAAUAAACAAUUGCUUUGUAUUUAACAAGAAACUAUGUGAUUAAUCAGAACAAUGUUUUCCUCCAUAUUCAUGCGACUUUUCACAUGAAAUUAAAAUGAAAAGUAAAGGUAAGUAAUUUUGUUUGGAAUGCAUUUUACACCUUCCUUACUUGAAUUCUUAAUCCGGGAUAUUUUGAAAGAUCAAUAAGAAUAUCACACCUCUGGUAAAUUUUUGUAUCUCAUGAAACUGUAUUCUAAUUGAAUUCUAGCAUUACCAUAAGGUUGUAAGUACUUGGAAUUUUGCUAUUUAUAUUUUUUACAAUUUUAUUAAAGAUACUGUAUUAUAUCCACAGUUAGCUGUCUGUCAUCUCUGCUCAUGAACAACAAUACAUUUACAAAACAUAAUGCAAUCAAAGCAAAUUAAUUCGUUUUGAUGUUAUGACUAGUCGAUGCAUAUCUAAGUGUGAUUUAUGUGUUACUAAGUAAUUGUAACUUUUCAACAAUCUUACAUUACAAUUCGUAAGAAUUAACAUAGUAGAAAUGGUUUUCUAUAAUCUUUCUGAGGUAGAGAUAAAUACACCGAAAGAAACCAAGCCAGAUUCAAUAAUGUCAACUGCAGUCUCUUGUAUAAACAACCAUGUUGUUUAAUUUUUUACAAGGUCCUAAUCAUUUACUGAAGAAAUAAUUUAAAUAUUUGAUAACACAAAUCUAAUUCUGACACUAUUCCUAAUUUUAACUAAACGCUUAUCAAACCUAUGAAAUGGUAGGUGUAUCUUCUAUAUGUAUGUACAAAUAACCUGCUGUUGAAACUAAUGCAUAAUUAAACAGUUGCAUACUGUUACUAAUAUCAAGUUUACCUAUGUGUUGUUUCGAAGAGAAAUGUUGGUAUUAUGAUUACUUUUUAAUAAUUUUAACGUUCUUUACUACUUGUAUAUGAACUUACAUGCAUUUCACACGUAAUUAUGGAUAUACAUAAAAUUUUCACAAUAUUGUUAUUUAUAGAAUUCUUACACAGUAUGAUAAUAUUGAACACGCAUAAAUAGCUCACAGUCCGUUUAAGGCAAUCGCCUCUACAUUUAGAAAGUUAUUACUAAUAUUAUGUAAUUGUUGAUAAUACAGUGCAUUUUUCAAACCAAUUACAAUCUAUUCGCGUAUGAUUAAAUAUAAAUUAAAUCAGUAAAAGUGUAAUAAUGAACAAUUUUUAUACAACUGUGACGUUAUAAAGAGAAACAAUGUUACGUAUUUCGGAAUGUUCACAAAAGGCACUAUUUCUUGCCUUCAGCGUUACGUUUGAACGCUUUACCUUCUUCGGUGUAAGUUAUGUCACAGCUACCUGUUAACAAACUGAAAUUCAAAUUAAUAAUGAAACUCUUGUUUCUAUAGUAGAGUAAUUGAGUAGUAAUAGUAGGUUGUGUGAGAUCUGGGGUUUGUGGUGACUUAAAAGUGAUAAAAUAUUCCUCAGCAGCCAGCUACGUCUAUCCGAAUCGUCUCUUUCUCUCCAAAAUUUUGGACUUCUGUUUUAUGUUGGGACGGUUGAUCGCCAGAAAAAACUUUACCGCAGUAGUAAGUUGAUUACUGUUCAGUACUUACAUAAGAUUCGAGGCUUUCACGAAAGUUUGAAUCUGAUUUAAGGAUUACGGCACCGUACCGUCUUUUAGGUGGUUAUUUACUACGAGACUGCACGGUGCCAUAACCCAAAAUAUCGGAAUAUAAAGACUAUUCCUUUUACACUUUUAUUAAUUUAAAUUAUUUUCAGUUGGUUGUUCCAUAUACGUGUAUGUAUCGAAACCAGUCAUUUGGGGGGAAAUAUCUGUGAUCAGUUUUAGAGAAAAUUCGUCCUUAAUUCAAUUAACACUUAGUUUAAGAACAAUAACCAGGAGCAAACUAAGAUUUAAAAUAUAAAUAGAACAUUAAUUUUGACAAGAAAAUAUCUCUCUACAGUACUGGGCUAUCAUUAUGCUUAUACCUUUAUGUUACCUGUUCAAAGUAAUAAAUAUAUAUUAUGUUAUUUUUUAAAUAUUAAUUAUAUAAAUAUUCUGUAUACUGUCCGGUCUAGAA